AUGGUUUCUCUUCACAAAUUGAUCAGUUUUUGCAUACUGGUUUUGCUGAUCAAGCCCAUGUCUUCGCAGCAAUCUUAUGACGAAUCCAAUUGCACAGCAGAAUCUCAAGUUCAAGGGUCCAACUACCUUUGCACCCCAGAAGAUUUUCCCUGCGAUACUUACAUUGUAUACAGGGCUCAAAAGGAUUUUCAAUCAAUGUCAUCUAUUUCAUCUCUCUUCAAUUUAAGCGUGUUUGAUCUCCUUGAAAUCAACCACAUGACUGAAGCUAAUUCUAGCAAUCUAAAGCUAAGAAGAGAGAUAAUCAUACCUCUCGAAUGCUCUUGCGCUGGUUCAUUCUUUCAAUCUAUUUUCCUGUACCUUUUUUUGAGAACUGAUUCUUUUGCUUCAGUCGCUUGUGGAGUUUUUGAAGGGCUGUUGAAAGCACAAAGUCUCAAAGAGGAGAAUCCUGACUCUGAACAUAAUGUUCCUGGUGACUUCAUGAUCAAGGUGCCGAUUCGAUGUGCUUGUCCCAAUUCAAAUCAAAGAAAAAAUGGGGUGACAUUUCUUGUAACGUAUCCUGUGAUAGAGAAUGAUCAUACAAAUUUAAUUGCUAGCAAGUUUGGAGUACCUGAAGAAGUUAUCUGGGAUGCCAAUAAGUUGCAGCCUUUUCCAACCAUUUUUCCUCUAACAACACUACUUGUUCCCACAAAGGAUGUUCCGGUGGUGAAUUCAGAUGUUCCUGAAGAUUUACCCUCUAGUCCUAGAGUAGCAAGUCCCUUAGUGAAAAUUGAACCAAGUAAUAAGAAAUCAAAGCACUUGAGUUCAUAUAUAUUUCUAGGACUUGGUGUUCUAGCAGUGGUUAUUCUGCUGAUUGCAGCUGUCUUUGCUUUUAGAAGCAUUAGGAAAAGGCGUCAACCUACGAGUUUUCAGCUUUUAUCUGCUAGAAGUUCAGUGUCAUCAAACGUCUCGCCUGAUUUUCUGGAUAGAAUGUCCAAAUUAAAGCAGUCAUUAACGAAUUUUAGCUUGGAGGAGCUAAGCAAUGCUACUGAGGAUUUCAAUGAGGGAUGCAUGAUUGGUAAAGCUGUGUAUAGGGGGGAAAUUGGUGGUUCCUAUGUGGCAAUUGAACAGAUGAACACUGAGGAAGAAGCUCGCCAUGUCAUUUACAUAUUGACAAAGAUUAGCCAUGUAAACAUAGUGAAGCUUGAGGGAUGCUACUCCGGCACUAAUCCUUAUCUCGUGUACGAGUUUGCAGAAUAUGGUAGCUUGAGGGACUGCUUGUCCAAUGUAACUGUUGCAAGGCAACUUAAAUGGGCAAAAAGAACUCAGAUUGCUUUCGAUCUUGCAGUCGGUCUCCAUUACAUACAUUAUUGCACAAAACCUUCCUUUAUCCAUCACAACAUACACAGUAGAAAUGUGCUUAUAACCACCGAUUGCAGGGCAAAAAUUACUGGGUUUAGAUUGGCAAAACCAGUGAUAUGCAGUGAAGAAAUCGGAGAAAUAAGCUGGAAUGAAUCUAUAAUUGUGGGUAGAAAGGGGUACCUGGCACCUGAAUACCUUACUUAUAGUCUGGCUUCCCUCAAGGUGGAUGUAUUUGCAUUUGGCGUUGUUUUGCUUGAAUUACUAUCAGCUAAAGAGGCUGAUACAGAUGGAGAACUUUUGAAGGAUUCUGUAAAUAUUCUUGAAGAUGUAGGGAUUGAAUGUUCUUCAGGGUACUUGGAGAAGUUGAAGGAAUUUAUGGAUCCAAAUUUGGAGGGAGAUUAUCCAAUGGCUGAUGCUAUAUGCUUUCUAUUCUUGGCCAAGGCUUGUCUUGACCAGGAUCCUCAUCACAGACCCACCAUGGAUAAUGUUACAAAGGCUCUCUCAAGAUUUGUAUGA